UUCUUAAACGUAGGAUCACCCAGCUGAUCUAUGUGAACAGAUUGGAAUUGCUAAGUGACUUUACUAGCACAGCCAAUGGCUUUCAUGCUGUAAGCCAGACUCAACAGAAGGGGCUGAUUGUGGUGUGAGGUCCUAUUUUAGCUGUGACUCCUGUGCUUCUCACCCCCUCCCUACUCGGGAAAGUCUCAGAAGCUGCUGCUGGAGGGGGAUUGAGGGGGGAGCUGUCCAAAACUGUAGUGCUGAAUCAAAGACCCAGCAUAAGAGUAAACGUAACAAGAAGAUAAGAACAGAUUUUCAAAACCCUGGGAUACUUCCAUUAAUAGACAGUGCUGCAGAAACAACAAGGGGGGUCUGAUCCUCUGCUGGAAGAGACUGUAUCUAGAAGAAGAUCUUAUGAAGAGAUUUCAUGGACAGUAAAGGUGUUGCGUGUAUAGUGAUGGUAACCAGAGGUUGGUUUCCCUGCGCUUGAACCCUCAGACUACAAAACAAGAGCUGUAAGUGGCACAGGAGCCUCACUCAGCCCAGAAGACCCUGUGAAGUCCAGGAUCAAACCCCUGAGUGCCCAGCGAUCAUGGCCUUUAUGGUGAAGACUAUGGUGGGAGGUCAGCUGAAGAACCUCACAGGAGGUCUAGGGGUCAGAGAAGAGAAGGGGGAAAGUGAAAAAUCUCCUGCUGAAGCACAAGGGAUGACUAGGGAAGAGUAUGAAGAAUACCAGAAGCAGCUUUUGGAAGAGAAGAUAGAAAGAGAUGCUGUGUAUACACAAAGGAAAGCCGAGAGGGCAACACUUCGAACCCAUUUUAGAGACAAGUACCGUCUACCCAAGAAUGACGUUGAUGACGCACAGAUCCAGCUAGCUGGAGGAGAUGUAGAACUUCCAAAGGAGUUGGCCAAGAUGAUUGAAGAAGAUACUGAGGAGGAAGAGGGUCGAUCCUCAGUUAUUGGACAGUUAAGCAGCAUUCAAAACCUCGACCUUGACUCUAUUAAAGGAAAGGCUCAAUCCACACUCGAUGAUCUCAAGCAAUCAGCGGAGAAGUGUAUAGUCAUGUAAUUUCUUCACACGGUCCACUGCUGGUCCAAAUCAACUGAUUAAAUGUGGAAGACAGGCUAUCAUAUGACCUUAAUCUCACUGCAGACAUUAAGCAAGCUUAGCCUUGAUGUCACUAUAUGUGUUAAAUUAGGCAAAUUCCACCAGUUUUAGUGGUCACAAUAUAACUCCCCCCCCCCCCCCACUAGUUUAUGACAAAACUGAACUACACAUUCUAAUCUCUGGGAUACAUGAACCUUGCUUUUAGUCAUUAAGAACAUUAAUAUCCAAGAUCUUCCAUAAUUUGGGAGGAGGGGAGGGGGGAAAUCGGUUCAAUACCAUAUUUGGAUUUAUCUCUUCAAAUCGAACAAGAGAGAGAAGGAUGGGUACAAUGGGUAUCACUUAUCAAUGGACAAAAAAAAAAUCAACAUGUAAUAACCCACCUUUAGCCUCUCAUAUCUUAUCUACCAGAUUUAAGGGUGUAUUACGAAGGAAGAUACAACAUAAAUUGUCCUCUGAGCCCACCCAGUUAUAAAACACAAGUAACAAUUAAAAACUGUAUCUUCACAUUUAUUUUAACAGGGGAUGGAGGCCUGUUAGUACGAGGUUAUCGUGUGCUAGUUUUCUACAGUCACAGGUUUUAGUAGUAAAAUAUUUGCUUAAUAGUAGAGUCUCAAAACAACUAGAUGAAAAAAAAGAGGUCUUAGUAAAUGGAUAGUACGAUGGGGGCAGGAUGAGAGAGUUUGUUUAAUAAGUGAAACCUUGUAUUAAACUAAGACUUUGUAUUGUAUAGUGUAUGGAAUGAAGACAUCCCAUUCACUUACACAAUGGGAUGGAAUCUAAUCUGUGACGAAGUGUGUAAAACACCAGACCCUGUAUUGUUCUGUGUAUACGGGAAAAAGUAGAUCUCGUACUGUAAUGAGUUUUGUAAAUAUCACAUCCUGUAAUGUACAGUAAGUAGGAGGUGACCUAUUUUAUAUUACAGUGAGUAGAUUUUUAGAAGCAGUGUGUGAAUCAAAGUUGGCACCGGUCGGACCCAGUAGCGAUCAAUGUACAAGGCCUGGUACAGAUUAGGACACAGCACAAGCACAUGACCAGUACGGAGUGAUAUUAUAUAAGACAGGGUCAAAGCCAGCGUUAUUGUGGGUGUUGGUACAUUGAUAUUAUUACUGAGAACAAAGCCAUAUCGCCGUUGAAGGAAGUGACAUUAUCACACACUUUACAAAUUAUUCAGACCUGGACUAAAAAUUAUGAUAAAUAAAGCAAGGUCUGCAGCUUUAGAGAUAAAGGGGGAGAUGCUGGACUUGUCAAUGGUCUCCUAUUACACUCCCGGGGGUCCAGCACUGGGUUGUUGUUCAGUAUGUAGCUGCAGUACAGUUCAAAGUAGAACUGUGUGUUUUUUUCUUUGUACUGUCAAUGUUUAUGUACAAAAAAUUUGGAUUUAUAAAACUUUGUGAUUAAAAACUCA